AUGUCACAGAAAAGGAAAGAUAUAGAAUCGAACGAAGAGGAUAAACCAGAGAAGAAGAAGAAAAAACCUUCAUGUGCAAUCCCAGGAGGGUUUCCAGAGUACCCUGUCCUGCAGGAGGUUCUCAAGAGAUAUAGUUGGACCACGAUCAAGGACCCCAUAUUCACACCCAAGUACGAACCUCAUCUACCAUCAUGGAAGAACAUUCCAACGUCAGUGAAUCCAAUUGACUACUUCAAGUGCAUGGUUAAUCAAAAGUUGGUAGAUAGGAUGCUUUAUGACUCGAACAAACUCGAUCAAUUUCAGAAUGCAGCCAAGCUACAAUCAAAGGAAGUCUACACAUACAUUGGGUUGAUACUAGUCAGCGUUGUUAUGGGAAUCUCCAACCACCCGGACCUCUUCUCCCAUGGAGAGUACUCGUAUACAUAUCCUGGGAAGGGUGAGGCCAUGGGCAAGGACCGGUUCAGCGUCAUCCACCCUCACUUGACAAUCAACCUGGAGAAGAUGAGAAGCAUCCUCGAGACCAACUUCCUACAUCACCUGUCGCCAGGCACUUUUCUUACCAUUGAUGAGUCAAGGAUCAAAGCAAAACCAACAAUGCAUGCUGGCCUCAGUUACAACAAGGAGAAGCCAGAGAAGUGGGCGUUUGAAAUCAACACUAUUGGUGACACAGAUACACGUUAUUUGCUUGGGAUGAUGCCAUCAAAGGAGGCGACAGGAGAGAUAGCUUUGGCCCAAUUGAUUGAGAAGAUGCCACUCGAUAAAGACAAACACUACCACCUCACUGCUGACAGCAAGUUCUCAAACUUUGCUCAACUCAAGAGACUCAAACUUAUUGGCAUCGAAGCAACUCUCUGUAUUAAAAAGGGCAGACUGCCCUCAGAGGUCUACAAGGUUGGAAUAGCUAAUUGUUUGCCUCCAGGUCUCUCCAGGUUUGCUACACAGGAAGGCAUAAUUGCUGCAGCUUACCACAACAAGAAAAUAAUCCAGCUCGCGACAACCUUCUUCGAUGUCCAGGAAUCUCCAGAGAGAAGGUUACAAUCUGAACGACAGGAUAUACUAGAUUUGUAUGACGACACCAAGAGAGGUCUUGAUCAGUUCAACCAACUUGCAACUUACUUCUGGCAUGACCAUCCCCAUUCCUCACAACAACAGAGUCAACAACUUGGAUACAUUUCCUAUGCCCUUACCAACUCCUAUAUAAUGUAUACAAGGAAUGUCAAAGAUCCAAUGUCUCAUCGUAACUAUGUCAAGUCGAUCGCAAAGAGUCUGCUUGUCAAGAAUGAAUGA